UACCUCCCACAAUUUCUCAAGCAAUUGAACUUUUUAGUAACUCUAUAUCGUCUCAAGUAAGUAGGUUUUCAGUAACUUUGGCUGAGUCUGACAUUAAAAAAAUACUAACUUCAGUUAAGUUUGAUGAAGAAAUGAUAACUUCAGCUAAGUCUGAUGAAGAAAUAAUAGUUUCAGCUAGGUCUGACGAAAAAGAAAUACAAAUUUCAGCUAAGUCUGACAUAGAAGAAAUGUCUAAUAUAGAAGAAAUAUUUGGUGUAGAAGAAAUGUCUGAAAUAAAAAUAUAUGAUGUAGAAGAAAUAAUGUUUAAUACAGACAAAGUGCAUUUUACAAAUCAUGAAGCAAUUGAACAACUUUGA